AUGACGUCGCCUGCUUCGCCCCGUCUUCCCAGCCCACCACCCAUUCCAGAAGACCAGCUUUCACCGGUAUCAGCGUCGCCAGAGCAGCAGAAGCUGUUCAGCAACCUCGACCAUGCUGCGGAGCGGAGAAUACGGCCAGGGACCAAGGCAGAGGACAUGGCCGAGGGACCUCCGCUCGUAGACUUAUCAGAGAUUGACUCGGCCUUCCAACUUACCGAACACCUUAAAGCCCUCCACAAUUCCCUGACGCAUCCUGCUGGCUCCAACGGCACCGUGCCGGUGGAUAGAAGCAUGGCACUCAAGAUUGCACAAUCGCCAGCCAAUGUAGACAGGACUCUGUGGCUAUAUGAGCUCUGCCGCUUCCUCAUACAGAAAGUCAACUCCAUCAUCACCGCCCUCUUCGCAGACGACCCACCUUGUUCUUCCUUGACCUGUCCAGAGAUGCGCGCUUCCGAGUGGCAGUACCUGUGCGCGGUACACGACCCUCCCAAAUCGUGUUGCGCAAUCGACUACUGCUGCCACACCCUCGACUGGGCCGCCAAUACCCUCACCUCACCGAAACACUUUCCCUCGAGGCUCGCGCUAGGCACCGACCAGUCGACGCAGCAUUCGCAAAUGCGCCAGUUGACCAACAUCUUCAGGCGCGUAUAUAGGAUAUUUGCGCACGCAUGGUACUCACACCGAGAGGUCUUUUGGAAGGUCGAGGGACGGACAGGGCUAUACAUCUUCUACAAGACAGUCUGCGAUGUAUAUGGUCUGGUACCUGAAGACAACUACACCAUCCCCCCAGAGGCAGAGGGCAUUGAACCAUCAACAGAGGCAAAGCCAUCAGCGCCACCUCUGAUCAUGAAGCGAGAGCCCUCCGAUUCAUCAUCACAGAUUUCAGUCAACACGCUAGCAGAGGGCAUGUCAGAUCAUACGCUAUCAACAGCCGGUACAACCAAACGACACAGGCAUUCGCCAUCAGUGGGAGCUACUAUUGUGCAAACAGUUGUGGAAGAGAACGAGGAAGAAGAGGAACGUCCAAGCUUACAAUCACGACCUGUUACUCAAAUCUUCGAAUCACCACAAGGAGAAGAGGAACACGAAGAUGGCGACAGCGAUGGAGAUAUCACAGCCAUCGAAGACAACGAAGAAGAAGACGACGACGACGACGACAACGAAGACGAAGACGAAGACGAGGAUGAAGAUGAGGCUGAGUCGGUCCCGGAGAUAAGUCCACCAGAAGCCCAAGACGCCACAGAUGAAGCAGCAAAGCAAGGCGCAAGCGAGGAGGAAGUAGCGGGUACUUCGCCCGAAAAAGAAGAAAAACAAGAUACAGAUGUCACGGCAGAGCCAGCGUCUACCGAGACAGCCGAGGCCAGCAGUAAGGACGCCCAAGAUACCGAAAAGGAAUCAUCGCAGGACGAUGCUGAAGCCGACAAGGAUGACAGCAAGCCUGACACUGCAGACUCGGAGCAGGUGAAGAAGCCUGACUCUGCUGCCAAGCCAUCCGAAGAGGGUGAACCGAAGGCUGAGGAUUAG